UUGUUCAUACUUGUUAUUGUAUUUUUUUCAGAAAAUCAAGGCAUAAAUGAUCCUAAACUUUUUGAGGGAGACAUGAUUCUUACACCAGAACAGCGUUACAGAGCAGAGCAUGGGAAGCCUGUGUUUGGCUCAAACCGGCGCAAAAGAGGUGCAAGCACUUUCGCCCUGUGGCCACUUGGGGUACUUGUCUAUGAAAUCGAUCAAACUCUUGGUGAGUUCUCGGUGAAGCUAAGUCAAACCUUAGCUAUUAUUUUAAGAUGAAGUUUAAUCAAUCUUGGCCUUUGCACUACUGCAUAUAAGUCAUUGCACUAAGUCACUUUAAAAGUUUCCGUUAUACAGUAACAAACCCACCACGUUAUUACAGCCAACCGGCCCGUUAUGACAAACUUUUUUUUUCUGCACGAACAUAAUUACAGCCAUUUUCUUACAACUGAAAUAAUUUUUUAGACCUCCUCAAAGUGACCAGUCAGAUUACUUAAAUCGUGAGACCGGUUUGCAAGUAAGCGAAGCAAUCAAUCUGAUAAACAGUUCGUUAUCGAAAAACGCUAAAGUUGCUAAAUGAGCGUUCAAAAUGAAUGAUCGAUAUCGUUAACCGUAAGAUUGACUGUCAGAAAUAGAUUAUGCAGCAUUUCACCAGUUAGAGCCUGUUGAAAUAAUCUCGAUAAAAUUAACGUUUCGAUGCUUUCGCUUUCGCGGUUGCUUGGACUCCCUGGAAUUCCCUAGCCCAGGGGGGUUAGUCUAUGGAGGCUCUGGGUGGGCCUAACUGACAACUGAUCCAGUAUUCAACCACUGAACUGAUUUUCAGCUGGAAAUUCCACUGCAAUGGACGCUAUAAACGCAGGAAUGGAUGAAUGGACCUCAAAAACUUGCAUACGCUUUAAAAAGAGGACGCACGAGUCAUCCUACGUCCUAUUCCAGGAUAGUAGCGGGUAAGAACUCUUGAAAAUGAUCACUUGCAUUCGAAAAACAUUUGAUUUAGUAGCAGAUCCAGGGGAGGGACCCGGGGGCCCCGCCCUUAUUUUGAGUCCAAACCGUCGGCGGCCCAAAGGGCCAAAAAAAUGUUUUUUGGAGACCCCCUCCCCCCCCCCCACCUCUUACCUAAAGGUUUGGAUCCGCCACUGUGAUUGGCACCAAAGGGACUAAUUUUUAUCACCGCUCGCCAGAAAUGAGCAGGGAUAUUGAGGCCAAGAAUAUAAAUGUAGCCCAAUAUCAAACUUUCGAGAAAUAUCUCUUGACCAAUACGUUCUCAGGCUGGUAAAAUGUGCAGUUAGUACAUGAUAAACUGGCCUAACAAUUAAGGUAUGGUGGUUACACAGGGAACCCGAACGCUGUAUUAGCUACAAAAUAAUCUGUUGCUAUUUACCUGUGUUUCCUGAGUCUUUAUUUAUGAGUCGUUUUGGAAGGAAUUUGAAUCAAAUCAAAGACGAUUUAAAAACAUUGCCGGUAUCAAAUGUUUGCUUGUCUGGCGCGUCGUAAAUAGGACACGACAAUUACGUCUCAAGUUUCCAGUAUUGUUAACUCUCCUCGUGCCCGUUAAAUUGAAACUCGCGAUCAUCUCCCAAGGAAAGUAAAUAGUUAACUUGAGACUUAACGGGUGCGUCCUAUGUAUGACGCGCCAGACAAGCAAACGGCUAAUUAAGACUCAGGAAACACAGGUAAAUAACAUUUUAUUAGCUAAUACAGCGUUCGAGUUCCCUGUCGUGGUUACAUCAAAUUUAAUUUAUACUUUUUUUUUUUAUUUUUCGUGAGCAGAGCGACAAAACAUAAGGCGUAAAGAAGGGUUUCGUCGAAAAACCGAAGACUCUCAUGGCGAAGCCUGCGUGGCAGGAGCCGGAUGGUUUUACAGAGCACGCAAGGGGAACAUACGCGCGCACGUCGCGAGUGUGUCCUCGAAAUAGCUGACCUCCAUACCGGCGCCUGCUACGGAGGCUAUACAUAUGGCGCGUCAAUAAAAUAUUCACAGGACAUGUUACGCCACAUUAUUUUGUUUCCGUGAUGGAGACAGUUUACCACUGACUGUGAUCGAAUCAAUUUACCAUCGUUAGUAUUUUCACCACCUUGAUAUCUGUAAAGAAUUUACCUCUGUGAUGGCGGAACACUUAAUUCCACCCUAGUAUCAUCGAGCUACCGUUAUCGAAUAACUUUUUUUCUAGGUAAAACCUAAUAAAAUCGGAAAAAAAAUUGAAUAAAAUGCACGAGUGAAUGAUGACCGCCAUUACUGUCUUGCAAUACUUUUAACCAGCGGUCUUUAUUUGACCACAAGGGUAUAUUUCACAACUCAAUGUGUCCCGCCUUUUGGCCUCUGGUACCAGCGGUUAAAUUCCUCCUGCCCGCCUAUUAACAGGGAAAAGAGGCAUCUGCUAGCAGGAAAAUUUCAUGGCAGACUAAAUUUUAAUUACUCGAACUGAAAUUCUAGCAUUCUCAAAAAAGCUAGACAAACAGCUGGGCGCAGGAUGGCAAGAUGUUGUACCAAGCAUCCGUACAUAUACAACACAACACAGGAAUUAUUUUGUUCACUGACACUAGGCCGACUAAAUCCCUAGCGAAGUACUUUCCCGGUUAACAUCUAUGUAAUGGGAAACCGUUAUAGAUUAAGUUUGUCAUGAUGUGGAAGAUAUUGAUCAGAGUCUAACAUGAAACAAUCACAGCACACUGUCUAAGCGAUAAAACCAAGGGUCUCCAAUAGGUUUUUCAGGAUCGGGAUUUGCUUUUAAUUAGGACUUUCUUCACAGAGAAUGCUUUAACUACACGCAGUAUAUUAUGUAAGGGGAUCCGGAUUCCGGAAUCGGAGAAAUUUUUGCAUGAGGAAUCGAGAAUCCUGGACUUUGGAAUCCGGAAUACAGCAUAAGGAAUCCGGAAUCUAAAUUCCACUGAAAAAGAUCUGGAAACCAGUACCUUGAAUCCGGAAUCCAUGGCGUGGAAUCCAGAAUCCAAGACUGUUUUGGAUUCCCUUACGUGGGGCAAUUUUUCCCUCUUUCUAGGUGCUCUUCGAAUAUUGGAAGGACUAGGCAUCAACCGCAAGAAAUCAAUCUUGCGAGGGGAUGCCGUACCAGAGGGAUUGUUGCUCACGAAAUAGGUAAAUCGAUAUAUAUUCAUAUCAUUUAAUAAGUGACAUUAAUUUGAAAAGGACGUUUUCACCAAAGCAAUUUCUUUUAUCGUUUGUUGCUUCUAAGGGACCUACAUUAGAAGAGAGAUGAGAGUCAGUUGAUUUGGUUAGGCAAGAAUUUUUGUUUUAGUGAUCAUCAGAUUUACCCCCAAUUUCUUUAUGUUCUUAAAAGUCUGUUAUAGAAACCCCAUUCUCCCUUUAACUCUAUGCAAGAAAUUUGUUUCGUCUGAUCUGUCAAGAAGUUCUCUAAAGAAUUUGCUCGAAAACGAUUAAAGUUCAAGUUUUGUUUAAUGUAAAGACUUGUGGACCUCGUUCGUUCUCUAAGUUGAAUCGUAGCAGUACCCCUAUCCAGCCGUAGCUGUUCUGAUAUGUCCGCUGAUAUGGUACCAUACGAUGAGUUUUUAUUUUUUCACUUUGUAGGACAUGCCCUCGGUUUCUUCCACGAACAGUCUCGUGCUGAUAGAGACUCUUUUGUUAGGAUAUUGACACAAAACAUAAGACCAGGUAAGAAUGUAAAUGUCAUACCGUCAUUUUUUAUCGUUUAGUGAUGGUAUAAACACUAAAUAUGGCAAUGCCGAUUAUUCCUAGCAACCCCAUGGACCAGGCAACCCUAAAUUUCUUGGCACCCAGACCAACUAAAUCAUUUACACAGUAAAAAUUAAAGGUGCCGUGCCCAAAACGUUUUUCGUUUCGUACACAGGUAUGAUUAGGCACUACGAACUAUCACAUACCCCCGGGGAUACUCCCUAAAAUGGCCCGUACAUGGAAGCUCCGCCUUUUUCAGGCUUCAGUUAUAUUAAAGGGUAGGGAUUUCUCGCGUUGAACUAUAUGAAAGAGCUAUCUAGCAGAUGCGUUUUAUAGCUGAUAAAAAGUGUAGAAAACGCUCUGGUUUUGUGAGUUACAUGCAGUCAACUCUCUCUUAACGGACACCUCUAUAAGACGGACACCUCUGUAAAACGGACACCUAUAGUUGGUCCCUGCCUUUCUUUUACUCCCUUUAUUUGACUCUCUAUAAGACGGACACCUCUCUAAGACGGACACUUAGUGCCGGUCCCAAAGGUGUCCAUCUUGAAGAGAGUUGACUGUAUUCAUAUUAAAAAGCCGACAGUGAAUUUACAGCAGUUAAAGGGGUGCAAAGUUUUUAUUAUAACUAGGUAUGUGAAAGGGGUACCAUUUGCUAAUGAAAGUUAUGAUAAAGAGGAAUCGAAAAAUGGUUAAAAUUGUCAAAAAUGGUAUCUUGAUGGUAUAUAAAAGGAUGAGGGGUUGGACCUCGGGGUGGAGACUCCCCGCAUAAAACUUUGUUGACCAACCCCCCCCCCCUCCGGUCAAACGCUUUGCAUUGUACUCUUGUACUCCACGGAAGUUACAUACAAUGGAACCUCGAUGAAACAAACCUCUAUGUAACGAAGGCCUCGGUAUAACGAACGAUUUUCUUUACCCCCCAACUGAAUAGUAAAAUGCAUGAAAAAGAAUCUCGAUAUAACGAAACCUCGUUAUAGCAAAAACACUUUGGCAUUCCCUUGACUCUUCGUCAUAUCGAGGUUCCACUGCACUUUUUUUUUUUUAAUCACAUUUUUACAGGUUUCGAAAACAAUUUUCUCAAGUACGACAAUGGUUUUAUUAAUUCCCUUACGAGUCCCUACGAUUAUGGAAGCGUGAUGCACUACGGAGACAAAUAUUUUAGUAAAAAUGGUCAGCCCACGAUUGAAGUUCUAAGGCCUGGGGUAUGUUGC